UUCGUUGGAUUGGCAGUGAUUGUAUCGAUAUCAUCUGGGGAUCCUCUUUACUGUUUAAGUUGUCAAGGCACAAUUGCACCUCGUCACUGUCACACAGUGGUAAAAUGUGAGGCUGACCAGGUGUGCUUCACAGAAAUGUACACAACAGUAAAUGGACUGACCCUAUUUAACACCGGCUGUCGUAAUCCAUCGUUUUGCAACUCGACGUCUCUGGCAGAAGAUCCAGAAGAUCCUAAUCUCAGAGUAUUCCAUCCUCACAUCACUGAAUGUAAAGAAUGCUGCAAUAAAAGUGUGUGUAAUAACGAUGGAUGUGGUUCAAAAGGUUAUCCAGUAAACAGGGGACCAUUAUGUUUUACUUGUCCACAAACAACAGAUCCUGCGUUAUGUGAAACUAUCGAUGUUUGCAACGAGGACGAGGAUUGUCAUGUUCACCAAGAAAUGGAGUUUGGCGACGUUUUCUUUUCACAGUCCUGUCAAGAAAAACAUGGAUGUCUAAGGCAAGCAGCAUUGCAAAUCUUUGGUAAACGUUCAGAGCAGGAAUGCACAAACUGUUGCAACGAAGACCAAUGCAAUAGCGAACUUGUCUGUGCUGCGGGUUACAUUGGUCACCGCGCACUUGAUUGUUGGGAAAUAUAUCAAAGAGGAGUACGAACAUCUGGCGUCUAUAUGAUAUAUCCAUGGAAUGAUCGUCGUUCAAUAAAAGUGCUAUGCGAUAUGGAUCUAUUUCCUGGUGGAUGAACGGUUAUACAAACACGUCUCAGACGAAAUCAUAUUGACUUCAACAGAACAUGGAUUGAGUACAAAAAUGGAUUUGGAAGCGUCAAUACAGACUAUUGGUUAGGUAACGAUGCAAUUCAUCAGCUAACAACAGCACAUCGGAAUAUGUUAUAUAUAAGGAUAGAAGACAUUAAUUCGAGGCAUUAUGAGGAACAAUAUUCAGAUUUCAAGAUAGCGGACGAGGAUAAUAAAUACAGACUUAACAUUUCCUCAGGAAAUGGAACAGCAGGAAGCAAAUUCAACAGCUACUCCAACGGAAGAAUAUUUGCAACAUAUGAUAAGGACUAUAAUCGAUGUGCUCAUAACGAUGGAGGAGGAUGGUGGUAUGACGGUUGCGCAUAUGUUGAUCUGAAUGUUCCUCUAUUUGUCCAACACAGCGAUUAUGUUUGGGUUAAUCUUAUUCCACAAGGAAAACAGCUGCAUUCAUCAGCU